AUGGCAAUGGCUGUGCCGUUCUUGGUUGGUGGAUCAUAUGCAUUUGAUAUGUGUAUUGGGAGCCUCGUGGUUUUCGUUUGGGAGAAGGUGAACCAAAAGAAGGCAGAGUUGAUGGUUUUAGCUGUUGCAUCAGGUUUGAUAUGUGGAGAUGGCCUCUGGAUUCUACCUUUUUCAUUGCUUGCUCUGGCUAAGGUUCGACCACCUAUGUGUAUGAACUUCACGGCGGCUCACUAG